GAAACAGAACCGGCCAUGGCAGCAGCGGAGGAGGAGGACGGGGUACCUGAAGGGCCAAACCGCGAGCGGGGCGGGGCGGGCGCGACCUUCGAAUGUAAUAUAUGUCUGGAGACUGCUCGGGAAGCUGUGGUCAGUGUGUGUGGCCACCUGUACUGUUGGCCCUGUCUUCAUCAGUGGCUGGAGACACGGCCAGAGCGGCAGGAGUGCCCGGUGUGUAAAGCUGGGAUCAGCAGGGAAAAGGUUGUCCCCCUUUAUGGGCGAGGGAGCCAGAAGCCCCAGGAUCCCAGAUUGAAAACUCCACCUCGCCCCCAGGGCCAGCGACCGGCUCCAGAGAGCAGAGGGGGAUUCCAGCCAUUUGGUGAUACUGGGGGCUUUCACUUCUCAUUUGGUGUUGGUGCUUUUCCCUUCGGCUUUUUCACCACCGUCUUCAAUACCCACGAGCCAUUCCGCCGGGGUACAGGUGUGGAUCUGGGACAGGGUCACCCGGCUUCCAGCUGGCAGGACUCCCUCUUCCUGUUUCUCGCCAUCUUCUUCUUUUUCUGGCUGCUCAGUAUUUGAGCUAUGUCUCCUUCCUGCCCACCUCCAGCCAGAGGAGAAUCAGUAUUGGGGGUCCCUGCUGACCCUUCCUUAUUCCUGGACCCUCCCCCCAAGCCCCUCCGUUUCUAUUGGCUAAGGCCCACCCCAGCCACUCUCUAGGAGGGUGUGAGGAGGAGGAAUGACAUCUGUGCAUAGGAUGGGAGAACCUGCUCUGAACUGCUCACCCAGUAGCAUCAUAACUCCCAACUCUGGGAGAGGAGGACACACUGAAGAGAACGUUUGCUUCUCCUCUCACCUGAUCUUUUGCUUUCCCCUAGAUUUCUUGAUUUGAUGUUGAAAGGUGGGCAAGGCUCCCUCUGACUCUUCCCCUCUUUCCCUUUGUUGAUUUAAUUUAAUUUUCCUCUCCCCAGUAUCUAAUAUGGGUUCUAACUCGAAGUGCUUCCUUUCCCUCACUACCUCCUUUAUUACAAAUUCAAUAAACAAAGUGAGAUAUA